UGGAGAAUUAAAACCGAAAACGGGCACUGCUGGAUGCAAACAAUCAGUGGCAGCAACCAUUUCACUUUUACUUCUAAACUUAAGCAUCACUCUGAUCCUUUUCAGUGGGAUUCAGGGUUCAGUUCUAUUCAGUCGUUUGACUCAUUGCUAGCUGCGCUUAAGAGAGUCGCUCUUUCUUUACCGUUUCCUUCAUUCACGAUGUCCGAUCAGCCGCUAACUUUACCCGUGUGCAGGCGCCUGACGUACGCCGUGGGGCAUUUCUUCAACGACCUCUGCGCGUCUAUGUGGUUCACAUAUUUACUGGUGUAUUAUCACUCGGUUCUCGGUUUCAGGGAUACGAACGCAGGUGCGCUGCUGCUGGUCGGUCAGAUCGCGGACGGGAUCUGCACUCCGCUCAUCGGUUACGAGUCCGAUCGGACCCCAGGAUGUGGGAAGUAUGGGAAAAGAAAGACCUGGCAUUUAGUGGGAACAAUAAGCGUGUUUGCCUCCUUUCCCUUCAUAUUCAAUCCCUGCAUUGGAUGUGAUGAGAAAACCCCACAGACCACAGGACUGAUUUAUGCCAUCCCAUUCAUCAUUAUCUUCCAAUUCGGCUGGGCUGCUACCCAGAUAUCCCAUCUGUCGCUCAUUCCUGAACUGGUCACAUGUGAGCACGCCAAAGUGGAACUAACAUCAUACAGGUAUGCUUUUACAGUGGUGGCAAACAUUGCGGUAUAUGCUGUGGCGUGGAUCUUGUUCCACUUCCAAUCCCAACAUACAGAAGACCCAUCGAUUUCCCAGAGUCUGGGCUGGGUUGAUGUUCUCACAUUCAGAUAUCUGGCACUCAUAAUAUGGGCCAUCGGUACUGUUACCUCCGUCAUCUUUCACCUGGGCACUAAGGAAGAAGGAGUCCAGCCUCAGGAGAGUGAAGAGACUGGGAAAUCUCAGCCUCCAAUCCCCAGCUCUUCCCAAAUCUCCGGACCCCUGCUACUGUGGAAACACUGGCUCAUUGAGCCUGCCUUCUAUCAGGUAGCAGUACAAUAUAUGUGCACAAGACUGAUUGUAAAUUUGUCCCAAACAUACAUCCCAAUGUAUCUGACAAACUCCUUAUCACUUCCAAAGAACUACAUUGCAGCUGUUCCCCUGGUCAUGUACGUCAGUGGGUUUGUGUCUUCUCUGGUUAUGAAGCCUGUUAACAAAUGGAUCGGCACCUCUAUGGCCUAUUUUAUAGGCCUUGUGCCCAUAAUGGCAUUUUCCUUUUGGGUUUUGGUGGACACAAACAUGGGUACACGGGUUUAUGGAGCCGCCGUGCUGCUGGGAGCUGGAUCUGCUGUCAUUCUGGUCAUGUCACUGUCCAUGACUGCCAAACUCAUCGGCGAUCAAAGACAAAGUGGUGCUUUUGUGUAUGGUGCAAUGAGCUUCACUGAUAAGGUGGCAAAUGGAAUUGGAGUGAUGAUAAUACAGGCUUUACAUCCUUGUCACACACUGGACUCUGACUGCAAAUGGUUUUUCUGCACUGUCAUGGUGAUUGUCACCGGCGGUGUGGCUGGAGUUGCUGCUCUCUGUCUCUCUACCCUUCUCAUCUGGCCCAUCGCAAUUCGCCGACGUCUCGCGGUCAUCAGAGGGCUGAUGGGUACACAUGACGAUGAGACGAACAGCCGUGAGAUCAAUGGUAUACUGAACUGACAGGUGUUAAAAACGUGAAAAAACUCAACAUUCUGUGAAAGACUGGGCCCCCUGCAGAGGAAACACUGUUUCCUUUUGUAACUAACCAGGAACAAGGAAGAGAAGAAAAUUUGCUGCGCUGUGGUCACAAGUGCUUGUCUCAGCACUUCGGAGAUGCGAGUUUCAGCAUUGUUCUUACACUGUCAACAGGCUCUUUUUGUGACGUUUUAAAAUAUGAACUCAGGUCUGUCACAUGGAGUGACAACUCAAACAGGACAACAAUAAUACAACACAUUCAAGAGGAAGUUGCUCUGCUGAAAAUUUCCCAAACUUUGAGGAUUCCACUGGAAAUGAAAAACACGUCUAGUCUGUAUGAUAACUUUGUAAAGUGCCUUUUGAAUACAUUACAGAAACUGGCCAUUCUUUAAAGUUUUGCAGAUGCUUUUAUGCAAAGUGUCUUGCUGUAAAGUUGGAAUAGCACAAAUAUGUUUACAGUAAAGCUUGUUCAGGCGGUUAUGCCUGUACUGUUUUGAAGUGGUACACGUGACACUUGUAAGAGAGUUGUCACUAUUUUAUUAAAACUGAAAGUUUUGGGGAUGGUGUCAUUCCAUUUCCUGUUGUCACUGGUUCUGCAUUUACAUUCUAUGGACCAGAACAAAGAAAUCUUCACGGCUUAAUUUAUUGACCAUUAACCAUUUUUAAGCUGUUUACUGCUCUGCCUAGAGAAAACUAGCUAGUCGGCCACAUUAAUACUUUGUCGCUUUGAGUUCACCUGUAGCUGUUACAUGGCAGUUAAAUUUUUAUCCACUAGAGGGAGUCAUGUUAAAGAGCUUCGUGGCCCUGCAGUGGAUUUUGGAAAUUCACAAAGUAGAAAAAGAACUUCAUUUUGGCCAUUGUUAUACAUCAUGUUUGACAUCCAACUUAUGUCAUUAAAAAUAAACAGU